UCGCCGAGACGGAGUGUAUAAAAGCCGAGCGAAGGGAAGCCGCUGGUGUGAGAAUCAACAGAUCUACACAUCUACAGAUAGCUUGAGAGCUAUAUUACCUUGCCGCAGAUCUCAAAAAGGGGAAUUCCAAAGUAUUAACAUUUCUUUUUUUGGACGUACGCCUUUACGGACUUUACUGUCGGACCGUUCUUGCUCUUUCUUGUGUUUGCAAUACCCUCUUAUCAAUAACCUGCUCGGACUGAUAGCCAUUGGAAAGCCAUUUACGGAAAGAUGCUUAACAACAUGGAUUUGAACUCUCAAGAUUCUUUUUACUCUCAGUUUGAAAACUGUAACAGUUCUGCGAUGGGAAUGGAAACUCAGGGCUCCAAAGACAGCCAAGAUGUUUUUAUGGAUUCUGGAAGGACAGCACCUGCCCAGUUUGCACACGGUGCGCCUAUUACCCCCAAAACGGAGCCCACGAGUACAGAUCAGUAUAACUCUUGUCAGGGUCCGAAAGAAAGCUACACAACCUCCCUAGCUUACUCAGGCAGCUUCUAUGUGGAAACAUCUCAAGGAACACCUUGCAGCACGGAAACGCUGCUUAACAUGAUCACUGAAAUCGUUGGCAUCUCAACAACUCCUGUGUCGGAUGCGCAUCCGUGUGGAGACGCUACGAUGAACGCAAGCCGUAGCAGUUUUGGCGAGGAGGGGGUCCAGACGCAGGCCUCCACGUGCACCACCCCGCCGCUGUAUUCACCGGGACAGACAGGCCACAGCUACCCGGACACCCAGACCGCCACGCAGGCCCAAGACUCCGCCACAUCGCAUUUAAACUUUGCCUCCUCUGCGCAAGACGCCGAACCGCUGUCUGAGAGCGCGACGUUCCCGGUGGUCAUCAAAAAUGAAUUCGAGAGCAGCUGCUAUGAGUGGGGGACCUUCAGUAAGUCCUACUUGGAUGCUGGCUUCCAGUCAGAGCCAUUCUCCAUGUCGAAUGGCUUUUCAGCUGAUCAACAACAGGUGGACGUGAAGGAACUUUUAGACUCAUAUUCUCCCAUUUGCUCGAACACAGAGACUGAAUUCAAAGUGGAAAGCACCCUAAAACAAGAGCAGUGCUUUGGAGAUGCUUGCACACAAGGCUUUAGUGCUCCCAUGUUUAACUACGCCACUCCAGUUAUGGAUAUCCCACCCACCAGUCUUUUAAAACCGACUAUUUUCCCAAAUAUUGAACUCCAGUCCAGUUGCGACACAAGCUACUCGACUUCUACAAUAGACUCGGUUCUGUAUUCAUCGCUAUUGCCGGAGUCUUUCAGUCAAACUUACACACGGGCUCAAAAACCUAAUCGGGUAAGAAAAAGCCCUGCCUCCUCUACCGGCCCGGCCAAAGAGAAACCCUUCACUUGUCCUAUGGAGACCUGCGACCGGCGUUUCUCUCGAUCGGAUGAGCUCAACAGGCACAUCCGCAUCCACACGGGACACAAACCUUUCCAGUGCCGCAUCUGUUUGCGGAGCUUCAGCAGAAGCGACCAUCUGACCACACACACCCGCACUCAUACAGGCGAGAAACCGUUCUCUUGUGAUGUGUGCGGCAAACGAUUUGCCAGAAGCGACGAAAGGAAACGGCACGGACGGGUGCAUCUCAAACAGAAAGAAAAGAUGGAGUUGAAGCCACAAGUGGUCAACGCGUGGCCGUUUACUUUGCCUGAGGCAAUUUAAACGCCGAUUGCAGAGAGCGGCGUAAAAAGCACUCGUCGUGCGUGAUGUCAAAUCUUUCCGUCUUGGGAGAUUCAAUCUUACUAAUACAGUUGCUUAGGCUACAGAUUCCAAAUCCAAAGCUCAAGUAAACGUUGUGGAAACUGAUUCGAGAGACCCACAUGAGCGUACAGCUCCAGCGAGGUGACAGAUCUUGAACCGGGGACUGACUUUAAAACCUGGACCUCCCACAAUGAGUAUUGCGCGCAGCUUGGGGUGCGCGCCGCAAGCUCAUAAACUUAAUUUCGAUUUUCCUCGACCACUAUAUUUCUCAAUCGAGGAGCGUGUUUUGCAGAACAAACGAACUGCAGUUCAGCACUUUUACUACGGAACAGCUCCAACCUCGACCUUGCAUUGUAAUGCGGCAGUAAAACGCACAGCUGGAAUGUAUUGCACUUAUCUCCACUUUCAAACUUCAAAUCGUUUUAAUUCGUGCUUUUCGGUCUUUUCUAUUUUAACGCUGUCACCUUCUUUAACAAUGCAUGUAUAUGUUUACGUGAUAUUAAUAAUCACCGAUAGAUGCUUAACAGCACAAGUCAGAUUUACCUCGUUUUACAACAUGGUGGCAUUAUUGAUUGAUCAUCUGUGCCAAGGUUUUUACAACGUAUUUCCCCUUAAUAUGUUUCAUUUUUUUGUUGCUAUGCCUAUCCAAUAGUAAUUGUGUUGUACAUUUGAAAAAAAAUCCAGUUGUCAAACUUACACAGCGAGUGGGAAGAAAUAAAUACAUUUAUAUGCCAAUGAUCAUUUGUAUUUUUCUAACAAGUACUACUUUUUACAUUUUAUGUUGAGGUGAAAGACUAUUUAUAUCCUUAUUUUCAUCAUGUUCCUUGUGUUAUGGAAAGCACAGGCCACACAAAAGAUGUCUUGAAAUUUGUUCGGCCCACAAUUAUGAUAGAAUAUUUGAAUGUAUCAAGCCAGUUGCAAUGUCUGCCCUGGGUAUCUGCUAUUCAAUUGUUUUUAAUUUAACCACAUCAUUGUUGUGUGUUAUUGUGUGACCUUCUGACCCUAAUUCAUGAAUCAUGAAUUAUACAGUUCACACGGCUCCUAUAUUUUGUGAUGAGAGGUAAAAGUAGACUAGAACAGGGUUUGACACUGAUGUUGAGUGAUUUGAAAGCAUACAGUUUUCAAUAGUCUUUCACAUGAUUCUAGAAGAGUUCAUCAUGCCUUUCAGUAUACAAGCUUUUGUAUUGUACUAGCCAAUUUAAUCAAUAGGGAGAAUUGUAGAAAAUGUGCAUUUGCCUUAAGUUAUAAUAACUAUACUGAAGAAGUGAUUUUGUACAUAUUGAGAACCAUUUAUACGCAAUACUUUGGAUGAACAUUGAUGUGUGUUAUUUUUAUGACAAAUAUUUAUGAA